CAGAACCGAUAUUCUCUCAUCAGCAGGCUAAUUACAACUGCCUAGCACUGUCACAUCCCCGAUCUGCUGGCUGUAGCCUGGAGACCACAUCCCUCCUCUGCAUUGCAUGGACAGGAUCGUAUCCUGAUACAGCAACUACUUUUAGGACCGCAGAGCACCAAACUGCAUCUCAUCCACAAGACUUUUCCCCGGGUUUGAUCGAUCCCACUCCUACAACUCCUAUCUCAAGUGUAUGCUGAGCGCCUUGCGUAGAUCUCCUUGCUGUAAUCUGAAUCUGCAUCCAUCCCUGGAUCUCUGGGUACCACUUUAAUUCCUAGUGUCCCAAAGACCGCAUCUUCACCCUACUUGAUCAGACGCUUUCAUUGACUGCAAAAUCACUUUAUUAAGAGCAGCAUCAUGAUGUCCUGUACUGAGCUGAUCACCAUGUGCCUGUUGUCUGCUAAACAUUUCAACAAGGACCAACCCCUGACCGCCCCGCCGGAGAUUGCCAAGCAGGAUCUAUCAAUAUUCCGAGAUAUAUUCCGGAGGGCAGACAAAAAUGAUGAUGGCAAACUGUCAUUUGAAGAAUUCCAGACGUAUUUUUCUGACGGAGUUCUCAAUCAAGAGGAGCUACGGAAAAUGUUCAUCCGCAUAGACAGCCAACAAACCAAUAACAUGGACACAGAGCGAAUUUGUGAUUACUUCUCUGAAUAUUUAGGAGAAUACAAGAACGUCCUCUCAGCUCUGCAGAACCUGAAUGGGACUAUAUUGACGGCAAUGGAUAAAACUAAAACGAACUAUGAGAACGCCUCCCAGACAGAACAGUUUGUCACACGAUUUUUGCUUCGGGAGACCAUGAACCAACUACAUUCCCUGCAAAGCUCCAUGGAGUGUGCUCUAGAAGCAAUAGAGGCUCAAGCUGGACGAGAGAGACAGGAUGGCAAGCAGUCAGAGCCUAAACAAGCUGGUCGUAGAUGCGCCCGCCGAUCUCACAAGUCUGUAUGUUCCCUGUCUACAGAUGCUUAUUCCGGAAUAUUGGCCAAUGGUACAUCUGCAGAGGGCGAGACCCAGUGGUCCAUACAGAUCAAUCGCUUAGAGCAGCUGAUUGAUAAGCUGGAGUGUACGAGUCCUCGGCUACAACCAGGUCAAGCGGACGUAAAUUCCAGUACCACACAAAUGUUCAUCCUGGUGGCCCAGAGACAAUUACCUGUUGCUGAAGUUCGUUUGGAUCAAUUUGAAGCCUCUCUAAGGAGCUACAAAGAAUUCACCGCUACCCAGGAUCAAUGUUUACAUGUGUCUGUCCAGAAGCUUCAGUCCCAGCCAGGCUACACCCUGUAUGAGAUAUGGGAGGGAGAAGACUCCUGGAAAAGUCAUCUUCAGUCUGUACAAAGCAAAGCCUUUCAGAGAGCAUCCAUCGAUUGUCUGGAGGGCCCGGAGGAGAUCAAGACCAUGCUCUUCCCAGCUUCCUGGUGGGUUUUUGAAUCCUAAAAGGCCGCAGCCUGCCCUGGGUCUAAGCUCUGCAUUGUCUAUAUAUA